CUUUUGGUGCUACAACAUUAAAGGGUGUGUGACUCAUGUUCUGCAAAGCACAGCUCCUGAGAAAAUGACAGGCCUCUGUGUCACAGUAAUCAUACUGGAAAAGAUUAUAUAAAUUUCCAGAAAGCAAUGGAGGAGACAGAGGAAGACCAGCUUGAUAGAUAUGAAAUUCAGUUUGGGAUACAAGAAUCCUUGGAGACUAUUGCCCCAUACUCACAUUAUCAAGACAGGUUUGUGCCAACCAGUGAGGUGAACAGGAAAAUUGUAAAUGCUAUACAACAAGGAGAAAUUACUGAGCUACAGAGAUAUAUGCAAUAUAAAUAUGCCCUUGAUGAAGCUGAUGAAAAAGGCUGGUUUCCUUUGCAUGAAGCUUCAGUUCAGCCAAUCCGCCAAAUUACAGAAAUAAUUCUUGAUGCAGUAGAUAAAACAUUUUGGGAACAAAGGACAAAUGAUGGAGAAACCCCACUAACUCUUGCUGCCAAAGCUGGCCUUGUUGAAAAUGUAAAAGCAUUACUAGAAAAGGGAGUCUGGCCAAACACCAAAAGUAGCAGAGGAGAAUCUGCACUACUGAUUUCUAUUCGAAUUGGGAAUUAUGAAAUGGUUGAAACUCUGAUUGAAUACAACUGCAAAAUUAAUCAGCCUUGUGUAAAACGAUGGUCAGCAAUUCAUGAAGCAGCAAAGCAGGGACGCACAAACCUUGUCACAUUAUUACUGAAAAAUGGAGGAAAUGUCAGCCUGAGAGAUGGGUUUGGAGUGACACCCUUGGGGGUAGCAGCUGAAAAUGGGCACUGUGAUGUGCUAGAACAACUUAUUCAUAAAGGUGGUGAUGUCCAUGCUCAAGCACAUGAUGGGUCAUCAGUACUUAGUGAUGCAGCAGGUGGAGGAGAUCCAGAUUGUGUGGCUCUUCUGUUAGAGUAUGGAGCAAGUGGAAAUGUGCCUGAUAGAGAAGGUUAUUUACCUAUCCACAAAGCAGCAUAUGGAGGACAUUACCUAGCACUGAAAUAUCUUAUUCCUGUAACAUCAAAACAUGCAAUUAAAAGAAGUGGAUUGAGUCCUAUUCACUCUGCAGCAGAUGGACAGAAUGUACAGUGUCUGGAACUACUGAUUGAGAAUGAGUUUGACGUCAAUGAGUUAUUGGCUGAGCAUGUAUCUGAGACAUAUGAUGAUAAACGGAAAACAGCCUUAUUUUUUGCAGUAUCCAAUAAAGAUGUUUUGUGCACAGAGAUGUUAUUAAAAGCUGGUGCUUACCCAAACAAUGACCCAUUAAACUGUCUCCUAGUGGCUGUAAGAGCUGGAAAUCAUGAAAUUGUAAGGUUGCUCUUGGCUCACAGAGCAGAUGUCAACUGCUAUUUCAUGCUUGUAAAUGAUACACACUUUCCUAGUGCAAUUCAGUAUGCACUGAAUGAUGACAUCAUGCUAAGAUUAUUGCUAAAUAAUGGAUACAAAGCCGAAAUGUGCUUUGACUGCUUUCACGGCGACAUUUUUGGUGGUUCGUUCAUCUGGUCUUCUUUAGAAGAAGAGAUUUUACCAGGAUGGACUUCAUGCAUCAUUAAAGAUACCCCUUUUUGUGAUUUUAUCUCUGUAUCAUGGAUGAAGCAUUUAGUUGGAAAAGUUAUUCGAAUAUUAGUAGACUACAUGGAUUUUGUUCGAAUUUGUACAAAAUUAAAAAGUGCUAUUGAAGAACAAAAAGAGUGGCCUGAAAUUCUGCAAAUUAUAGACUAACAGAGUUCUUGUUCCACUGCAAUGAGAGAGGUAGGCUUCAGAGAGGGGACCCCGGACACCCCAAAUUUGCAUGGGUUCUUCAGUAGAGACAGAUUCUAAAGGUGGAGGCAGAGGACGAACAGGAGGACUAUGGGCAGCAGCCUUUUCCAUGGGCUUCUCCCUAAGGCGAUGGUCAAUCAGAGUCGACAGAGAGACAAGGCUUUCUUGUGUUUUAGGGACCCCUACUCGUGCCAGUUUAUCUUUCAGAGUAACAGACAGGCCUAACCGAAAUUGAUCCAGGAGGGCAGCUUAAUUCCAAGCUGUUAUGAUGGCAAGGGGACAAAACUCAAUUACAAAUUCCUCCACAUCUCUUCCACCCUGUUUAAGGGCAUGGAUCUUAGCUUGUGCAGUGGAGAUCUUGUUGGGGUCUUCCUAUUGUGACCUAAGACUUUGCAAAAAUGUAUCCCAGGUGGUAGAUUUAAGAGCGGACAUGAUUUGCUGUCGGCAUUUAACAUUGCACAAGCAUUUCUGGUGAAA